CUCUCUCUCUCUCACUCUCACUCUCCCCAGUCGUUAAGCCAGAGAGCAGAGGAGGAAGGGAAGGCAGAGAGACCAGGGGAGGUCUGACGACACCAUCCCAGCUCAACCAGGCACCUAUUUUAAAUGCACACAUUGAUAAAUGCAACCGCACAGUCUGCAUCUGGCUGUGAUUUACUGCAGGAACGUUUAGGACCAGACUGUCACUCUGCAAGAGAUGCGUGCAACUCUUCCUGUCAAGACAAAAACUUAAAGGAGGGUUUGGAAACAUAGCACGUGCAAGUAUCCAGAGUUAGCAGUAGCUGUCAAUGCUGGAGGUCCGGUGGAAGGAUGGAUGGCGCAUGUUCAAGGCUGAAGGUGUUCUUCAUCAUCGUGUGAUCCGGCGUUAAAGUAAACAUCAACAGCCCGAAGAAGAAGAAGGAACAUCUACAAGAACAUAACCCACCUGCAGCUUUUACCCCAGGCUGAUAUGAUGCUGUGGUACAACUUUGGCCACCACUGGCUCUCCCUGGCAGCACUUCUGGUGAUCGUGAGCUGUGGAGGGGAGCAGAGGAGAGCGACGGAUAGCAGCAGCACCAGCAGCACAGGUGGCAGCAGCAGCAGCAGCAGCAGUAGUGGGGGAAGCAGUAGCAAUAAUUACAGCAACAGACGCUUUCAUAAGAUCCAGCAUGGCCAGUGCACCUACACGUUCAUCCUACCUGAAGGAGAGGGAGCCAGAGGAGGAUCCUGCAGGGAGGCGAAAGCCGGCAGCCCCCAGCAGAACGCCAACUCUCUCCAGAGAGACUCUCCACCACCUGAGCCAAACUUUCCCAGCCAGAAGAUCCAGCAGCUCGAGCAGAUAAUGGAGAAUUAUACCCAGUGGCUUCAGAAGAUUGAGAACUACAUCAAAGAGAGCAUGAAAGCAGAGAUGGCUCAGCUGCAGCAGAGCGCCGUCCACAACCACACAGCAGCCAUGUUGGAAAUGGGCACCAACCUUCUUUCCCAGACGGCUGAGCAGACACGCAAGCUAACUGACGUUGAGACACAGGUUUUGAAUCAGACAUCCAGGCUUGAGAUCCAACUGCUGGAAAAUUCUCUUUCCACUAACAAGUUGGAAAAAGAGUUAAUGGUCCAGACCAAUGAGAUCAACAAGCUGCAUGACAAGAACAGCCUCUUGGAGCAGAAGAUGUUAGAAAUGGAACUGCGACACAGAGAAGAGCUGGAAACACUGAAGCAGGAGAAGGGAAGUCUCCAGGCCCUGGUGGGGAGCCAGAGUGGGGUCAUCAGGGAGCUAGAAGCCCAGCUGAGCCGGGCCACAGGAAACAGCACAGCCCUGCAGAGACAGCAGCAGGAGAUGAUGGAUACCGUUCAUAACCUGCUCAACCUCUGCUCCAAAGACGGAGUUGUGCCAAAUAGUACAAAGGUUGAGGAUGAAGAGAAGAAGUUCCGCGACUGUGCUGACCUCUACCAGGCUGGCGUCCAUAAGAAUGGAGUCUACACCAUCCAGAUCAAUCCUCAAGAGACCAAAAAGGUGUACUGCAACAUGGAGACUGCCGGCGGUGGAUGGACAGUCAUCCAGCGCAGAGAGGACGGCAGUGUUGACUUCCAGAGAACAUGGAAGGAGUACAAGACGGGAUUUGGGAGCUUGUCUGCAGAGCACUGGUUGGGGAACGAGUAUGUUUACCAGUUGACCAGCCAGAGACAGUACACCCUCCGUGUAGAACUGACAGACUGGGAUGGACACCAGGCCUUUUCGCUUUAUGACCGUUUCCAAAUCGGCAGUGAGAAGCAAAACUACAGACUGUUCCUGAAAAGCCACAGUGGGACUGCGGGCAGACAGAGCAGUUUAGUAAUCCACGGAGCAGACUUCAGCACCAAAGACAUGGACAAUGACAACUGCAUGUGCAAGUGUGCCCUCAUGCUCACCGGUGGUUGGUGGUUUGAUGCCUGUGGCCCGUCCAACCUCAACGGCAUGUACUUCACUCAAGGGCAACAUAUAGGGAAGUUGAACGGUAUCAAGUGGCACUACUUCAAGGGCCCCAGCUACUCGCUACGAGCCACCGCCAUGUUGAUCCGCCCCCUGGACUUCUCCUAGUCCUUUGAACUUGCGAACUUCUAACUUCCAAACGGCUUUGUAGUACAUUAGAGGGACGCUUCCUAUUUUAUCCUCUCGUUUCAUCUCAUUUUGCAGGCCAUGGGAGUCAUCGGUUGAAUCUUUUAUUCAGCCUGGUUCUUUCCCAGAGUAAGAACCAGAGCGUGCUGCUGUUGCCUCAUAACCUCCCAACCAAAUGAACUGAAAAAGCAGCCAACGGGGAGGAAAGACACGAUUCACCUGAACUAUUUCCUGUACCCCAGCAGAUUCGCAAACUCCACUUAUUUAAGGACUCGAUACGUUCAGGCGAGUUAUCCCACGCCUAGAAUUUUCAGCUUGUUUGUGAAUUCAAGCAAGACGUCAAACCACAAUUUUCCCGAGGACCUGUGUUGUAAAAAUAUGGAGAUCUUGAACUCUUCUGAGUGGAAAGGAGCUUUCACAGAGCAGCACUGACUCUUAAACUGCAGGACAGAACAAACUUGGACCGCUCUGGGGAGAUGAAUGAUAGAUGCAGCUUUUUUAUUACAAUGUUGCUCACAGAACGCAGCCCAUAAAUAUUACAAGUGUAUUAAAUAUUGUGUUUUUAGUAUUAUUUUUGUUAUCCCAACUGUAUACAAUAUCCAAAGUGAGAUGAAAUUGUCUUUUGUACUGUACAGCGUAUACUGAAUUUAUCUGCAUUAUGUAUAAAACAUACUCUCAGAUUUAAGGUGACCGUAAAUUGUUUGGUAGUAGUUAUGAGGUUCAUUUCAGUAUUUGCUGGCAUUUACACACCAGCAGUCUUGACAGAGUGUGAUUAUUUUUAGAGUUCAAGAUGUGAGGUUAUUAUUGGAUUAGAUUCUGGACUGAGAUCCAUUUCCCUUUGUUAUUGGCUGAGAAAUAACCAAUAGCUGCCAAGGUUCAGUUUGUGAGUGAUCAACUCCACUCAAUAUAAAAACACAAGUAUUUCAGUUCAGAGGCGUGUAAUUAGUCAUUUCUAACAUUUACAUCUGCGUGUGCCUGCGGGAAGAACGUGCACAUUCGCAUAUACAACAAGUAAUGAGUUGUUUCAAAAAUACACAGAGUACACACAGUUUAUUCCUGAUAAAGUACCACGUCAUGAUCCUUCCAUAUUCACAUACGUGUACAAAACUCACUCAUAAAACCACUUGAAGAUCAGUCCUGUCAGGUUUAGCAUAUUCUAGCCUCUCUCCUUUAGACAAAGAGCAGAUCGUUAAGACGAGUUACAUCCAAAAUAUUUUUCACAGACAACAACAUGACGCAGCCUCAGAAUCUGCCCUGUUUCUGUUUCUCAUCAAUGCUGCGCUAAAAAAAAAAAAAAAAAAAGAGGAGCUGGAGUAGGAUAUGAAGCAUGAAAUUAAUGAUUCCACCAAGUGAUCCUUGUGAACACGUUUUUCAUAACUUCCAGCUUACAGCAACAGAAUCUACUGUCGGGUAUUUACCAAAGGUACAUGUGGUGAGAAGAUAAAGUGUAUCUGGAACUUGUAAAACUACAAUUGACAUGUUUAUUAUCAUACUAAAAUUGUAUAAUUUAAUGUGUGCAUAUGUAGAGCAGCUUUCCUGAGGAGAACCUUUUCUUUUUUUUUCCUGUUUUUUUUUUCUCUGCCAGAAGUACAAUGAGGUUUUGAAGUUGAGCAUAAAACAUGGAAGUUAAGAUAAUAACCCUGAAGAAAUGUGCCUUUGAUAACUCUGCUUUUACCUCAUUAAAUUCCGGAUUUGCAGAUUUAUUUAAACAUCUUUUUGUAACAUGUGGUCAGUGUUGUGUUGCUAGAUUAAAUAAAAGAGCAUGUGAUGCACUAAUGUUUUCAA